UUGGUGACAAAGAAGAAGUUUAAGAUUUUUGGGGGGGUUGAGGGACUGGCCCUUUUUGUUCCGCUGGAGAAUCCUGCUUGAACAUUGAGCAGGAGAACACACUAAGCAAGAAAUCCCAGCUGCGUGGACCAUCGGUUAAAUCCACCGUCCACGGCGGAGUCACGCCGGAGCAUUAGCGGUCAGAACCGAGACGCUCCAGCGCUGCCAUUAGCAGAUUCAGGGUCAACGGGCAAAGCAGCGACUGCCAGCUACUGCCGUUAGCCUCAACCCCUCUGCGGGUCUGGGGGGUUUGGUUGGGGUAGGGGGCGGGGGUACACCGAGAAGGGGGACGACUCAACACCGACAGGAGGGGGCUGGAAGUCUGAAACACUUCCAGCCUGAAGGGGCCGGCGGUUUGCCCACAGCACCCAGGACCAGCUAGCUUGCACCGUCGCGGCUAAGUGAAUGGGAUGGAGCCGGGACCGUCUGGCGCUGUGCCCUUGGGGGUCUUCCCCCCUCCCCUCCAGCAGGUGUUUCAUGCCCCCCGCCGGCCAGGUAUGGGCACCGUGGGCAAGCCCAUCAAGCUGCUUGCCAACUACUUUGAAGUGGAGAUCCCAAAGAUGGACGUCUAUCACUACGAGGUGGACAUUAAGCCUGACAAGUGCCCACGGCGAGUCAACAGAGAGGUGGUGGAGUACAUGGUGCAACACUUUAAGCCCCAGCUGUUCGGGGACAGAAAACCAGUCUAUGAUGGCAAGAAGAACAUCUACACGGUGCUAGCGCUUCCUAUUGGGAGUGAGAAGGUGGAUUUUGAAGUAACCAUUCCCGGUGAGGGCAAAGAUCGAAUCUUUAAGGUGUCCAUCCGUUGGCUGGCCAAGGUGUCAUGGCGCCUGCUGCAGGAAACUCUCGUCAGCGGGCGGCUGCAGGUUCCCCUCGACUCGGUUCAAGCCUUGGAUGUGGCCAUGCGUCACUUAGCCUCUAUGAGGUACACCCCAGUGGGCCGUUCAUUCUUCUCCCCACCUGAAGGAUACUACCACCCACUCGGCGGGGGAAGGGAAGUCUGGUUUGGCUUCCACCAGUCGGUGCGUCCUGCCAUGUGGAAGAUGAUGCUGAACAUUGAUGUGUCCGCCACGGCCUUCUACAAAGCCCAGCCUGUAAUUGAGUUCAUGUGUGAGGUUUUGGACAUACGCAACAUUGACGAGCAGCCCAAAACGCUCACAGACUCACAGAGGGUUCGCUUCACAAAGGAAAUAAAAGGUUUAAAGGUUGAGGUGACACACUGUGGACAAAUGAAAAGAAAGUAUCGUGUAUGCAAUGUCACAAGGCGUCCUGCCAGCCAUCAAACGUUUCCUCUCCAGCUUGAAAGUGGGCAGACAGUAGAAUGUACAGUGGCCCAGUACUUCAAGCAAAAGUACAACUUGCAGCUUAAAUACCCCCACCUGCCCUGUUUACAGGUUGGCCAGGAGCAAAAGCACACCUACUUGCCACUGGAGGUGUGCAACAUUGUAGCUGGUCAGCGGUGCAUCAAGAAACUGACAGAUAAUCAGACCUCCACGAUGAUUAAAGCCACGGCUCGCUCUGCACCAGACCGGCAGGAGGAGAUCAGCCGGCUGAUGAAGAAUGCAAACUUCAACCUGGACCCGUACAUCCAGGAGUUUGGGAUCAAGGUGAAGGAUGACAUGGCUGAGGUGACGGGGAGAGUGCUGCCAGCACCAAUUCUGCAGUAUGGAGGACGGAACCGUGCCAUAGCGACUCCCAACCAGGGAGUUUGGGACAUGAGGGGGAAACAGUUCUAUAACGGCAUAGAGAUCAAAGUCUGGGCAAUUGCCUGCUUUGCCCCCCAGAAACAGUGCAGGGAAGAAGUGCUAAAGAACUUCACAGACCAGCUGCGUAAAAUCUCCAAGGAUGCUGGAAUGCCAAUUCAGGGCCAACCUUGCUUCUGUAAAUACGCCCAGGGUGCAGACAGCGUGGAACCAAUGUUUAGGCACCUGAAGAACACAUACUCUGGACUUCAGCUCAUCAUCGUCAUUCUGCCAGGAAAAACUCCCGUCUACGCUGAAGUAAAGCGUGUGGGAGACACUCUUCUUGGCAUGGCCACACAGUGCGUUCAGGUGAAGAACGUGGUGAAGACGUCACCUCAGACCCUCUCCAACCUCUGCCUCAAGAUCAACGUGAAGCUGGGAGGCAUAAACAACAUUCUGGUACCUCAUCAACGUUCAGCAGUGUUUCAGCAGCCUGUUAUCUUCCUGGGAGCAGAUGUCACUCACCCCCCAGCUGGAGAUGGCAAGAAGCCCUCAAUUACUGCUGUGGUAGGCAGUAUGGAUGCCCACCCCAGCAGGUACUGUGCCACAGUGCGCGUCCAGAGACCCAGGCAAGAAAUCAUCGAAGAUUUAUCCUACAUGGUGCGCGAACUGUUGAUUCAGUUCUACAAGUCGACCCGAUUCAAGCCCACCAGGAUCAUUUUCUACAGGGACGGUGUUCCUGAGGGUCAACUGCCACAAAUUCUCCACUAUGAGCUUCUGGCCAUCAGAGAUGCAUGCAUAAAGCUGGAGAAAGACUACCAGCCUGGUAUCACGUACAUCGUGGUACAAAAACGCCACCACACACGCCUCUUCUGUGCCGACAAAUCAGAGAGGAUUGGUAAGAGUGGCAAUAUUCCUGCAGGGACUACAGUGGACACCAGCAUCACUCACCCCUUUGAGUUUGACUUCUAUCUGUGUAGCCAUGCAGGCAUCCAGGGCACCAGCCGGCCGUCUCAUUAUUAUGUCUUGUGGGACGACAAUCGUUUCACCGCUGAUGAGCUGCAGAUUCUAACCUACCAGUUGUGCCACACCUAUGUGCGCUGUACUCGCUCGGUCUCCAUCCCGGCACCAGCCUACUAUGCUCGACUUGUGGCCUUCCGUGCCCGCUACCACCUGGUAGACAAAGAACAUGACAGCGGGGAGGGCAGCCACGUGUCUGGUCAGAGUAACGGCCGGGACCCCCAGGCACUGGCUAAAGCUGUUCAAAUUCACCACGACACUCUGAGGACCAUGUACUUCGCCUGACCUCUACCAGCCAUUGAUCUCUCCCACCUCAUUUCUACCUGAGUAGGCCGACAGCCCACUCUCACCUCAUCCCCAUCCCUUACUCCCAACAACUUCCCACUACACACACUCCACAGACCUGUCAACCAGUCGUUCAUUUCAAGAAGUUCUUUUCUGUGAACAGAAGCAGACUCUGAAGCCUCAUGCACUCAACCAUGUUGAAUUUUUUUAAGUUUUGUUUUUUUUUACUUUACCAGCACAAUUGGUCUUUUUUUAUGUUGAAUUUUUUUUUAAACCGUUGGGUAUUGUUAUGUAAUUGUACAGUAUGCUACCUUCACUCUCCGAUGUAUGUGAGUAUGCAAUACAAAUGGGAGGAAACAGAAAGGAGAAAAGUCCAAAAACAUUUUAACUGCCACCACUAUGCUGCCUCUUUACCCAUCCAGAAGCCGGAUGCCAGUGUUCUAGAUCCUUUGGUAUGGGGAUCUUCAAGAGGGAUGCUAAUGGGCACGCACACUUACAUGUAUCAUUUUAGCAUCUUCAUGAACUACAUUCUUGUUUUAUUCUUUUUUUUUUAUAAUGUUUUGUUUUUUAAAACAGCCUUGAUGCGUUGAGGUACAUUAGCACUUAGUGUUAGCAUGUAGGUGCCAGGAGUCCUGCAUAUAACGAUUUUGUUAGUACAUGUGAGGCUAGCCCUCUAGUCUUUAUUUUAGAAAGGCGGGUGUAGCAAAUCGUAGUUAAAAGGAGACGGUGCUUUUGCACUCUCUGUCCUGAUUGGCCAGUCAGUCCCUAGAGAUUUUGCUUAUAGAGGCAACCUUAGCGUAACAGUAGAGAGGGACCAUUUGCAUAGAGUGUAUCAAAUAUACUUGCACCCCAUGCACCUAAACCAGCAUUUUUAACCAGCCAAAAGUGAUGCCAACCAAUGGAAAAAAGGGGCACUUAAACAGGAAGAUAAUCUUACUUCUGUAGACAUUGCUCUUUUUAAAAAUUUAUGAGGCACUUUUAUUUUAAAUUUACUUUUAUGGGUUUAUUUUACUUUGAAAUAAUGAACCUCUUCCACAAGACUUUACUGCUUUGUAGUUUAGAUUUUCAUUGCUUUCAGAACAAAGGUAAUAAGCGAGGUUUUACUUUUUAAUUUAAAAACAAGGGGAGAAAUGGUUAUUCAGUGUUGAAAAGUUUAACUUUGAUUCAGACACUGACCUUGCUCAAGUCAUUCUGCACUUUUUCCUCAGUGAAGAUGACGUCAGGGCAUAGUUUCUUCACAAAAGUCUUUGUGUAUCUACACACCAAUCUUCCACCUGCUCUGUUUCUACACAACGCUCUGUCCUCUGCAGGCUUUUACAAUUUAGCCUGAACAAAAACAAGCACACACUCAAAAAUCCCAUAUUUAAAGACCCAUGUGGUCAAACGCACUUCCUGUUUGUUGUUUUAUUUUUCUCCAUCCAAGACAAAAUAUUGUUCAUCAGCCUUUAUAUCAUCAAUAUAUGUAGCCUUGCUGACAGUUUUCACUUUUGGCACUUCACACCUGCAGCAUCCCCCUGUCCCAAUCCCCUCGCCUGUUGGCCAAUCCCUAUUGGUGCUCUGUGUGCAUGGGCUGUACAGACGGGGGAUUGUUAUGAUGGACAGAGUGGGCCUUCAUUUACAGCUACUUAAUAUACUCUGCCUUUACACCACAUCACUCUCUGGAUUUAUGACUUUAAAAAAAUGCAUGGAAUUAUUGUUUUUUAUUUUUAUUUUUGAUGACUGAAUAUUCUGAGCCACCUUAUUUUGGUUUUCUUAGAGGUAGUUUUGUGCUCAAUUGUUUUUUUUGCCUCGGUUGUUUUUGCCUCAACUGUGUAAUGGUUAUAAAGACUGCUAUUUCUUUUGUCAUGAUUAUGAAUAUUGUAACUAUUGUCGGAGUGUAUCCUUAGGGGGGCGCUGUUGAGACUGUCUCAAAAUUCCACCUCAGUUGCCCUUUAAACGCCUCAAAUCUUGUCUGAUCUGAGCCCUUAAAUAAGAUGAGAUAUCAGAGGAGUUUGAUUUUUAAAUCAUGUUUAUGAACUUGCAUAAUCAGAAUGCCUUUGUACACGGUUUUACUGAUCCUUCAUUGUGUCCAAGGUGAUUUGUAUAUAUAAAUAUAUGAUAUUUACCUGUUAUGUAUUUUGGCCCAACAAAUGCUGGGCCUUUCACAGCUGGGGCCAGUGUUUUACUUCUGUGCUAAACAAACAAACAAAAAAAAAAUAACGUCUGGGAGGGCAAUUUCCCGGCACCAUGGAAACCAGAUGCAGUUCUUCACUCACUGAAGCCACAAAAGCACCUUGCAAAGGGGGACACAAAAUGGUGGUCACCCUGGAAAUGUAUUGUGGACACAGAGAGCCCGCUCUUCUCCACGCAGCCUCACGGUCUGACAAAGCAAUAUUUAAACCACUGACCAAGAACAGUCCUUGUCAUAGCACUUCCCAAUAGAUUUGAAUGAAAUGGAAACGUUUUAUUUUGGCUCUGUGUGUGAUGGUAUGAGAACUGUUGGGUAGGGUUAUUUUUUAAGAAAAUAAAAUUGUUUUUUUAAAUACUG